AUGCUAGAAUAAUCUGGUCAUACGAAAGCCCAUUCGGAGUGUUUUUAGACUGUUUUUGAAUCUGAUAUAGAAAGUGUGCAAAAAAGACCUAAAUCAAGUUCUUAGGAUAACUAUAAAAAAUUAUUUGAGAUAGUUAAAGAUUGCUCUAAUUCUAAAUUACAACAAGCGCAUUCAGAUGAAAUUCCAGAAUUCGAUUCUUUGGAGGAUUCAUGCUAGAUUCGGCCUUCUCUGUGUACAAAUAAAUCAAGCAAACAAAGCUAAGAACGGGAAGAGAAAUUAUUCGAAAAAGAAUUAAUACAGCCUUUGAAUGAAGAGGAUUAUUAAUUAAUAGCAAAGAGUGAAAGGGAACAGUGUAAAUUGCCUUCGAUUGUCAUGAAAAAUGGAGGAUGUUACACUGGAUACUGGUACAAAAAAAAACCUUAGGGCUAGGGAGAAUACAAAUUUGCAGAUUCAAGCAGAUACUAGGGUGAAUGGUCAAAUGGAUAUGCAAGUGGAAAAGGCAAAUUUUUUGAUGCGGAGGGUGGAUAUUAUUGUGGAGAUUUCCAUUUAAAUUACAUGCAAGGGAAGGGAGUGUAUAAUUAUUCAGAUGGAUCCAUCUAUGAUGGACAAUGGUCGAAUGACAAGUACAAUGGAUUUGGUAUUGAAGUAAAAGGUGAUUCUCAUUAUAAAGGUUAAUUUCGUAAUGGUUUAAAACAUGGUCAUGGAAUCUUGAUUUUUGGCAAUAAAGAGAAAUAUGAGGGUGCGUUCAUAAAUGGUUAAUUUGAAGGGAAGGGAACAUUUAUGUGGCCAGAUGGAAGAAGAUAUCAAGGAGAUUGGAAAAAUGGAAUGAUGCAUGGUCAAGGAAUAUUGUCAUGGUCUGACGGUCGAGUUUAUGUUGGCUAAUAUGUAAAGGAUAAGAGAUAAGGUUUCGGAACAUUUCAAUUUGCUGAUGGUCGAAAAUACUCUGGGUAAUGGAUGAACGGUUUGUAACAUGGAACUGGGGAGUUUACGGAGUAACAUAAUUAAAUUACAAAGGGAGUAUGGAGAGAAGGUAAAUUAUUUUCUCUUAUUUGA